AUGCCAUCACGUGUUGAAAAGUUCCCGACUGAAGGAUUAGAAGGUGCACCGAGUAGAGAUAUAGGUUGGCACUUUGGAGAUCCAGUUCCAAAUACGAAAGGAAAUGUUGUAUGUAAACUUUGUGGCAAGGUUGUGAAAGGAGGAAUAACACGGUUUAAAGAGCACAUUGCUCAUAAAACCGGUGAAGUCGCACCAUGUCCUAAUGUCACUGAUGAUGUUUCUGCUAUGAGACAAGCUACUCAAGAAAGUAUCCGAUCACAACACGAAUGGCAUAGAAGAGAAGAAUUCAGACGAAGUACGGGUGGUUGGGAUAACAUUUAUGAAGAAGGGCGAUCUUCUUCUCUUGGAUCACGCGGAAGAUAUCCUGAAGAAAGAUCUGAAUUUAGUUUAAGGGGAACUAUACCUGAAUUGGUUAAGAGCAAAAGCUCAAGACAACCAAAGGUUAGCGAGUCUAUUUUAAAGACAUUGCGUAAAACGAUGGGUGAAGCGAUGUGUAUUUUUUCAUCGGAGUAUGAACAAGUUCGUGAAUGGGUAAAUGAACUGAAGACACAUUGGAAACAAUUGGGUGCAACUCUGAUGUGUGAUGGUUGGACCAAUAGUUUAAAUCAAAUGCACAUCAUCAACUUCCUUGUUUAUUGUAGUAAAGGAACUGUAUUUUGGAAAUCUGUGGAUGUCUCGAGCGUUCGUAGUAGAUUAGACAAAGUUAUUGAAGAAAUUGGGGAAGAAUACAUUAUCCAAAUAGUGACCGACAAUGAGGCAGCAAUGAAAGCCACUGGAAAAAAGAUUAAUGUUGAAAAGAAACCAUCUUUAUUGGACCUCAUGUGCAGCUCACUGCUUAGAUUUAUGUCUUGA